UGUAAUACAACGUCUCCCGCCGUAGCAAGUGUUGCGCGGGGAAGGCAGGUGUUGUGGGUUUACCCUCAGAGAUCCGCCUUCCUGCGCGGUGUUGCAUGGGCGGGAGUCAUCACUGAAGAGCAACGUGCGGUUUCUGCUAUUCCGUGGAUGCGCGAUAUUCGUCACUUUUCCAGUUUGCCAAAAUUACUUAUUUGUAGCCGUAGAUUCGAAUGAUCAACGUCCUGGACGUCACACGAGCUCUGUGUUGAUUCCGCCACUUGGGCCUUAGUGAACGUGAAGGGCAAGACAGGUGGAGGAAGAGGGAGGAAGGAAGAGGAGGAAGAGCCCACAGGAAGGAGCAGAGGGAAGGCAGUCGCCGUCCUCGCAAGGCGUGAGCUAGGUAGGGUGUUCCUCACUUCUUCCCCAUGUCUGGGUAUGCCGGGGCCAAUGGAUUGUACAUGAACAACAACCAAGGGCAUCAGUAUCAUCAGAGCUACCAUCACCCUCCACCGCAGAGCUCAGCAGGGAGCCGUUACAGCGCAAAUGGAGGCGGCGGGUCGUACGGGAGCGAGUCUCGGUAUGGGGCGGGAAGUCAGAAUGGGAAUCGAUCCUUUGAUAAUCAGGCGGGAUAUCAGGCGGGGAUCUAUCAGCACCCACACCAUCCGGCGCAGGUGGCGGCACGCCAGCAGCAGCAGUCGCAGCGACAACAGCAGCAACAGCAGCAGCAGCCGCCGGCGCAUCAGCAGCAACAGCAGCCGGUGACGUCACAUCAGCAAGAUGCGUCGCAGGGGUAUCAUCAUCAGCAAACGCGGCAGCAUGACGCGGCAGCAAACAUGCCGUACCAGCCACAGUCAUUGCUGCAGCAGCAGCAGCAGCAGCAGCGUGGGGCGACGGCGCAUCAGGGCCCCGUGUCAUCGCAAAGAUCCAAUUGCGAUAGAGGGGGUAAUGGUAUGAACAGUCAGUCUUCGCAUCAUCAACAGCGGGGAUCCAAUUCAUUGUCAUCAACAUCAGGAGGAUCAACAGGCGCGCCUCCAACGCCCGUUCCAGCGUACACGACAGCUCAGCAGCGUCAGAAUCAGCAGCAGGCAUCAUCUCAACAAGCGGCCGCGCCAGCGUAUGCAAACUCGCCCUCUCUGCGGGCAUUACCGCCGGCAACGGCGGCCGAAAAGUUUCGCUCUUCCCCACAACCUCCGCCACGACCCAUGCAGUCGACUCCGCCGUUGCGUCCCAUUCCGCAGCUGCUGCGCCCGCCUUCGCAGCCUUCCGCUGCUGCGCCUUCACGCCUCUUUCCUACCCCGCCUCGUCAGGAUCCACAACAGUCAUCGACGCCCCCGCCACGUCAGCACCAAUCCCCGCUGCUGCGUGCGCCGAUUUUAACCAACACUAACAGUCAGUCGCCUUCCCCCCAGCCGGGAUCGGGACUGGGAUCCAGGCCCUCGGGCUCGACCGGAGGAGGGUUCGUGGCGUACCGUCCCCCGUCCGUCGCUGCGUCGGGCGGCGAAAGCUCGCGCCCACCGCCGUUACUGCCGGCCAGCAAUGGCGCUCUCUUAGCAAGUGGAGGCACGGCUGCCAGUGCUGCGCGGCUGGCCGCGCUGGGUGAUGGGCUUGGCUCAGCGCUAGAGGGGAUCAUGAACGACCUGAACAGCACAAACAAGCGGAAAAGGGAGGUUGUUUCGCCACCGCUGGAAGGCCUGAUGAACGCCAAUCCAAAGAUCCUUCUGGUAGAAUCACCGGUGUUCAGAGGCUGUACUCAACAAAGCCUGCCUUUCAUACUCGACUCUAUUGGGUCCCUUUCUAAUCCUCAAUAUCGCGCGGCGCUGAAGAUUCCAACCAAGGAUGGAGGGGAAUCUUGGGCAAUUGGGAUCUGGAAGACGAAGAAGGAGGCAGAAAGGCUUUCUGCCCUUGAUGCAUGUCGCCAGCUACAUGCUGCGGGCUUGUUAACGGCAAAUGGUGGAACCUCAUCAUCUGGACGCAGUGUCACGGAGAAGGACAACUCCAACAAGAUGGAUCUUGCCUGGGGCGAAAACCCGAAGAACAUUCUGGUGAACACCCCAGUUUUUCGGGCAAUCUGUGGGAAAGGCAAUGCUGGGGGUCUCCCUCUCAAGACUUAUGGCAGGGGUCCUGACCAUAACAAGCUCUUUGUGUGUGAGCUACCGGUGCCCCUCGGGAAUGGACAAGUGUUUCUUGCACAAGGAACUGCCAAGACAAAAGCGGAUGCAGAGCGCCUUGCAUGUACAAUCGCAUGCCACAAGCUGCAUGAAAAGGGUUUGCUGCAGAAGCCUGCAAAGGGAGAAGGAGGGCCAGAAUCAAUGAUAAAGGCUGCAAUUGUCCAGCAGCAAAAUGAAAUACCGCCUGUCCUUCAGCUUGGAGAAAGGGAGUGUGUGAUAAUGGAAAAUGCACUGCAGCGUUGGCAUGCUGAAGGCCAGCCAGUUGCUAGUGAUCCCUGGGGUGCGUAUGAUGUCAGAGAUGGCUCUGGAGGCAUGAGGCCAGACUAUGGAGAUCCCACGGGCCAUAAUAUGUAUUCUAGGGGUGAGAUUUGCGGCAAUGGUUUGGCAAAUGGGUUUGAAAGGAUCAGCAUGACUUCAUGGGACGAGGACAAGUGCGCAGUUCAAAAUGAGUUGUUGAAGAAGGAGGCUGAAAGGAGGAUGUCAGAUCCGGCUUUAUCGGCUCAGAGAAAUGCGAGAGCAGGACUUCCUGCCUUCAAGGAGAGGCAGAUGAUUGUGGAGAUGGUACAAAAGAACAGAGCAGUUGUGCUUACCGGCGAAACAGGGUGUGGGAAGACCACUCAGGUACCUCAGUUUAUUCUGGAGGAUGCAGAGUUACACGGCUGCGGGACAGACAUCAACAUUGUGGUUACACAGCCUCGACGAAUUGCAGCUAUCAGUGUCGCAGAACGUGUAGCAUGGGAGCGAGGCGAGCAGAUUGGGAACAGCGUGGGUUAUGCCAUCAGGCUUGACUCGGUAAACCCACGACCGAAGGGUAAUAUCAUAUUUUGCACAACUGGCAUUCUUCUCCGUCGGCUGCAGAGAAGUGAUGGGCUGGAUGGUGUUAGCCAUGUGGUAGUGGAUGAAGUGCACGAACGGGACAUGGAUACGGACUUCUUGCUGAUUGUGAUGCGGGAAAUCUUGAGAGUAAAUUGUAAGCUAAAGCUUAUUGUCAUGAGUGCAACGCUGGAUGCAACAAACUUCCAGAGGUAUUUUGGGAGCUGUCCUUUGGUGACAAUUCCUGGCUUCACGUUUCCUGUCCAAGUCAAGCACUUGGAGGAACUCCCAUCAAUGAUGGGCUCUGCUUGCCCUCCCGCAGUCUUACGGGCUGUCUCAGCUGGCCAACAUGGGCAAACUCGUGCACAGAAGGAGGAGGAUGAAGAUGUUGACACGGAUCUUGCUGCGGCCACCAUAUUAUGGGUGGGUUCACGGUUUGGAGAGGGCGAUGGAGCAGUGUUAUGCUUCCUUCCGGGCUGGGAUGUUAUUUCAACUGUGAAGGAGAAGCUACUCGUCAUGCCUGGAAGCUCGAAACUCCAUAUCCUCCUCCUCCAUUCACAGAUCCCUGUCGGUGAUCAGCGAGCAGUAUUUGCAAAAGCUCCACCAGGAAUGAGAAAGGUCAUCUUAGCCACAAACAUAGCAGAGACGAGUGUAACAAUUGAUGACAUUGUUUAUGUGGUGGAUUGUGGGAAAGUAAAAGAGAAUCAGUUUGAUCCAGCGAGGAACAUGACAGCAUUCCGGGUCGUGUGGACUUCGAAGUCGAGCGCUCGACAGCGACAAGGUCGAGCAGGGCGUGUGCAGCCUGGUUUCUGCUUCAGGCUCUACAGCAAAGCGGUACACGAUUCCAUGGCGGAGCACCAGGUGCCCGAGAUGCAGCGAAUGCCUCUGGAGGAGCUCUGCUUGCAGAUCAAAGCACUUUCGACACCUCUAAAUCCGGACAGCAGAAUGGAUUCACCUCUCUAUUCGAUUGGGAACAUCGAAAGUUUCUUGUCGAAGGCUCUGCAACCACCGGCAACAUCCGCAGUCAUUCUGGCAAUCAAGGUGCUCCAGCAAAUUGGUGCGAUCGAUGAAAGUGAGAACUUGACUGUUCUUGGGCGAACAUUGGCCAAGCUAGCUGUUCAUCCAAGGAUCGGCAAGAUGCUCGUCUAUGGGGCACUGCUAGGAUGCCUGGACCCCUUAUUGACGAUCGCGGCAGCGGCUUGCUUUAGAGAUCCGUUUCUGUCACCAAUUGGUAAAAGAGCAGAAGUCGAUCGUAUUCGGGAAAGCUUUGCAGUUGGGUCAUGCACACGGAGCGACCACCUUGUGCUUGUGCAGGCCUUCGAUGCUUGGGAAUCAGCGGCUGCAAUGGAUGGGGGUAGAGGGUACAUGUUCUGUGACAUAAACUUCCUUUCGAGCAACACAAUGAGACUUAUCGGUGGCAUGCGGAAACAGUUUGACCGGACUUUACGCGACUCGCAUCUCACAGACUCGUGGGUACGGAUACCAAACAAGGAGGAAGCAGCAGUCGUUGCAAGAUCUGUGAUAACUGCUGGGCUGUAUCCGAAUGUCGCCAAGUCAGAGAUGUACAGGGAAGCAAAGGGAGGUAAGAACGCAAAGUCAUAUAGAUAUCGACUAGGCUUCCGGGCUGAGGGGUCAAGGGUGUUUGUCCACCCAACCAGUGUGAUUGUGGAGAAAAAGCUAAACUCGGAUUCGCAUCACUUCCUGGUCUUUCAGGAGAAGUUGCUUACGACUCUAAUCUUUGCGAGGCAAUGCACGCUAGUUCCUCCCCUGUCUCUGGUAUUCUUUGGUGGCUUAGUGAGACUGCAGAAUGCCACAGGUGUGCCAGGGCUUCCUCCAGGUGUGUCUUGGGAGAUGCUGGAUGUUGAUGGCUUCUUACGAUUUGGUGUAGAGAGGAGAGUUGCAGGCCUCCUCCUGCAGUUACGCCAGGCCUUGGACAUUGUAUUGGCGCGCUGGGUGGCAGGAGCGCAUCGCACAGACGGUGAGAGAGCGAUUGUGGAGUGUGUUGUGGAGCUUUUGAAACGCGCAUCUGGUCCGUUGUUUGUAUAAUACAUCUUGGAGGGGAGUUUGAAGCUGCUAGAUACCUGGGAGCCGACAUCUGCAUGCACUAGCGAAGCGGACCAGUUCUCGUUGUGGUUGCGUUCCUUCCUGGAGCUAAACAAAGGGGUGUCAGGCCAAUCAAUGCUGGCUGCGACAAACCAAAAUGGCUCUUCUUGGUCUUAUUACGAGGGUGCAGGCGCCUGGAGCAUUGUUAUUGGGCACCAGGCAAGGAGUGUGCAUAAGGGGGAGGACAUGGAGGUACGACCACAGAGAGAGAGAGAGAGAGAGAGAGAGAGAGAGAGGAAGCUUGGACGCGAGCAGUAACCGAUGUGUAUCUCUGUGUGCAGUUCACGGGCGGAGAGGGUAGGAGAAGGGAUGCGAGUUGGGUAACAAAGGUGAGUUUCUUGGAUCUUUUAUACACCUGUCCUCUUUUGUUUGUCUUCUAGCAGAAUCUGUUGUCUAGGGUACUGACCCCUCCAUUGUAUCCUCUUUUGGGGUCCCGAACACAUCCGGUUGGUUAUCAAGUAGAGUAGGGCGCAGUUACCCUGGUGAGACAAGAAACUUGUAUCGGCAAAUCACCAUUUGACAGGUUUCACCCCCUUAUAAGACUACCAGUGCUUGGUUGAGGUCGCUUGAAUUCUUUUCUCCUUUAUAUCCGCCAACAGGCACCAGAGGGAUAGCCAUGUGUGGUGUUGCUGUUGAUGGGAGUGAUAGUGGGCGGCACUCUUUGUGCACUCUUCUUGGGUGAGUGCGCGGAGCUCUUUGCAGGAAGUCUCUUUUCAACUGUAGGGUGCCAUUAUUUGCAGCUUUGCUACGAUAUACACUGCCACCAGAAAUUGUAGACUCUGGACCUGUCGACGUUUCCAGCUCAGGUGAUGCUGGAAUGCGAAAUGUGGUUUCAAAGUUUUAAGUACACGCAGUCGCUUCAGCUGUGAAGCCAAUUCAAAAAUUUGUUUACCUGAGAUGUGUUCGGUUUGCCUUCUGAGCUCUGUACUACUACUAGUGUGGGAGAAGAGGUGGAAGCAAAGAAGAUCAGGACCGAGCAAUUGUUCAUGUUUAACCUUACGAGUGGAUUGGAUGUUUGCUCGCAGAGGUCAAAUUAUUUUCAGCGGCACCUUCGGCAUGAACAUCUCCCUCGUAAGGUGGAGAGCCGGACGUGUAGAGGCAACCCCCCAGAAGAGGAGCAUUGUUUAAUGCCCUACAUUUUUGGUCGAAUCUAUCAAAUAAGAAUCAUUAGAUCGUUGCAGUCACUACAGUGAGGUGCUCUUGAUUUGGUUCAUGUUCCUCACUGUUAUAUUGAUUGUUCAUUUCCUCUGUUUAAUCCUUUUCAAAAUUCUGCUCUUGAGUCCGUUACAUAAUCGUGAAGCAUUUUCUGGAAUCGUUAUGGCAUGUACGGUGUUUCAGUUACUCACUCGAUAAUUGAGUCGAUAUGCCUUGUUGACCCUAAGCAGGGAUGUAAUGCAGCUAAUGCGUC